GAGUAAUAACGUUGCUAAAUUGCUGAGCCUAAUCAAGCGAGAUCAAAGCAUUUUAAUUGACGUGGCAAAAGCAUCAUGAUGUGGGCGUGGUUUAGUAUUGUCAACAUCCUGGUGACAUAACUAGUUUCUCCAAAAUGGCGACGGUGGAUCACAGAGAAGCAGGUCAGGAUGACCCAGAGAGUGAAGAUGAGGUUUAUGAGGUUGUGGACCUGACAGAAUAUGCCCGGAGGCACCAGUGGUGGAGUAGGGUGUUUGGGAACAACUCCGGCCCGAUUGCUGAGAAGUAUUCCGUGGCCACCCAGAUCAUGAUGGGAGGGGUGACUGGAUGGUGUGCUGGUUACCUCUUCCAGAGAGUUGGGAAGAUAGCUGCUACCGCUGUUGGAGGAGGGUUCCUUCUUUUACAGAUUGCCAAUCAUAGUGGCUACGUGCAGGUGGACUGGAAGAAAGUGGAGAAGGAUGUGAACAAAGCAAAGAAGCACCUGAAGAAGAAAGCAAACAAAGCAGCCCCUGAAAUAAACACAUUCAUUGAGGAGGCCACAGACUUUAUAAAAAGGAACAUCGUCUUGUCUGGCGGGUUCGUCGGUGGCUUCUUUCUGGGAUUGGCCUCCUAAAGCUGCUGCACACGCUGCAGUCUCCACUUACUGUGAAUCACAUCGCUACAUAGGUCACUUUCCUCUCCAUUGUUUACCUCUCACCCCCAUGUGUGCAUUGAUUCACCUCUUAACGAACCGAACGGGGGGGGGGUUAUGUUGAACAUUGAAGCAUGAUCUGUUGUGACAGUGGUAUUAACUGUGUAACAUUGUUCUACUCCCCCUGUUUUAAAUAAUUUCUAGCUAAUUAUUUCCUUUUGGGAGGACUGAUUCUGAAGUGUGUGUGGUGGGUCAGUGGGGAAAUGGGGUGCUUGGAUUAUACUGUGAAGACUUUCUGCUCUGGGACCCAUAAUGGAUCUUUGCCAGACUGCUGAAUAUGCCAAGCUGCCACAAACUAGCACAGAUUCGUCAUUGCUUUUUCAACACUGAUCUGAGUCUAGAUUGUCUGUCCCCUCAUGGAUUUGCCUGGUGGAUUCUGAUCUCAGAUUGUUAUAAGAUUGCAUGUGUGGGUGCCAUUGUAAAUAUAUAGCCAACCCCUUUUCAGAGCUGUAAAUACCCACACAAGGCAAACUAUUAUAUAAACAACAUGGAAGGCAGCAGAGUGGGAAGUUAACACCAUCCCCCGGUCUAGUGCCUAGAGGUAUUUUUUAUGUAGCUGUGAAGUUUGGCAAGUUUAUGUGCCAUUUAAGCAUGUAAGCAAACACAAUUCAGCUUUUAAAGUUUGUCACUCUGGCUGGUGGUUUAAAGCAAAGUUAUUUUCCCACUCUGAGCAAGAGUUGUUAUUGUUAUACAACACAUAUCAUGAGCAUGAAUCCAAACUAAAUGUUACAUCUGUGAAUAUUCUCUACUUUACACUGACAACAGGGAGUAUUAAAUACAGAUCCUUUAUUCCCAUAAUCCUCAGCUCCACAAUGCCCUUUAAUGACAGGAUGAGCAUCUGCUGUACCCUAAUUACCACAGUCACAAGCUAGACACCAAAAGAGACACCAGUCCUGUCAUUAAAGAGCAUAAUGGAGCAGCGAUUGUGACUCCUACGCCCUCGCUAUUGUCAUUAUGCAUUUAGUAGUGUCCGUGUAGCAAUAACACAACAGCGAUGCUGCCAAGUCAUGUAUCACAUUAUCUAGAAAGGACAUCUACACAUAGGAGUCCACUUGAGUUGAUCACAAGUUGCUUAUUUUGUUUUUUGCCUUUUUCUAUCAGUGCAAUAUACAGUAAUGUGUUUUUUUUGGAGGAGCUUGUUACGUCUCCAACUGGCAUUUUAUACGCUUAUAUUCCCUCAUUGUUUCUAUUUAUGAGCUGUAUGAAUUUGGUUGGGUGUCUCUUUUAAAAUAAAGUUGCCUGAUUUUGUUUUGAA